UCUGAAUAAAUAGACUUUGCUUGUUCUCAUGUGGAUGGUCUUCCUUUAUUUCUGCCACUUUGUUUAAAAGUUUAACUUUCUGACAUGCUGUGUGGUAUUAGGUAAGCCCUUUCCUCUCUUUGGGCCUUACUUCAACUGAAAAAUUGGUUCACUAUUCAUUCAUUCAUUCAUUCUUUUAUUCAACAAAUGUUCCUUGGCACUCAAAGAAAUUGGGCCCUAAGAGCUGCUAGACAUUGGGCGGAUGUUAGAGGCACAAAGAUGGACAUGCCAAGUACGUAAUCUGCUCUCUGAGAAUGUAGAACAUAGUAAAGGGAGGCGGAUAGAUGAACAGGCAUAGUCAAGUGUGCAGCCUUACAUCAGCAUCCAUCCUACAAGAGUGCUGAAAGGUGAAGCAGGACGGUCAGUGGGAAGAAGAGGGCCAGGAAAGGAUUCCCAGAGGAAGCCUCUUCCCAGAGGAAGCCUCCUCCGCGGCCGUCGGCUCCCCUCCAUCCCUGCAGCGGCGCGCCGGGGCAGUCGGUAUCCCUGGGAGAGCUGGACCACUCUCCCCUCCCUCCUUUGCAGGGCGAGAAGGGAGGACCACAGAGAUGCGGCGCCCUCCACCGUCCUAGAGAAGCCGGGGUGGCACGACUGCUGCAGCUUCCACCUCUCCAGUGCGGGGCUCUGGCCCGCGCGGAACGUGACGACCUGGCGUGGGGUUGGCCAGGCUGGCGGGGCGUGGAGUGUGGGUCUUGCCUGGGUCGCUCACGGGCGAGGGGCGGUUAUGUCAGGGCCACCCUGGUCCGGAGCGUCCCUCCCCAACACCGGACAACCCCGGGUAGGGCCCGGCGCGCGCUCGCUUCCCCGGAGGGCGGCCCGGGCCCUGGCGACCGCGGCCCUGGCGAGCAGAGCCCGCUUCGGCCCUGCGCUCGAGCUGCUGCCAGGACAGCCCGCGCCGGCCCGGGCGCGCCCGGAGUCAGUGACCUUCGAGGACGUAGCCGUCUACUUCUCUGAGAAUGAAUGGACCGGCCUGGCCCCUGCUCAGAGGUCCCUGUACAGGGAUGUGAUGCUGGAGAAUUAUGGGGCCGUGUCUUCCCUGGCAGCAUUUCCAUUUCCCAAACCGGCUCUGAUUUCCCAGCUGGAGCGAGGGGAAGCACCCUGGUGCUCGGCUCCUCAGGGAGUUCUGGAUGGAGAGGGCCCGAGGGGCAUCUCCUCAGGAUAUCCGUUUCUAAAGCCUGCUGGGAUCUCCCAUCUUGAGCAGGUGGAAGAGCCAUUGAACCUGAAACUGCAAGGAGAGGGUCCAAGCCUAAUUUGUACUGAGGGUGUGUUGAAGAUUGAGAAGGAAGAUUUUAUUCUGAAGGAGGAAACUUUUGAGGAGGCACAGGAGCACAUGGUGCUAUCAAGUGGACCCCACUGGUGUGGCUCCCAGAAAUUCUGGUUUGGAAAGACCUGGGAAGAGGAGAAAAGCAGAUUAGGGAGAUGGCCUGACUACCCCAGUGGAGGAAGUGUGGAGAACACUACAAAUGAUAUUAUAGAAGUCAUUGUCAAAGAUGAGAUGAUCUCAGUGGAAGAGUGUUCAGAGAAUACUGAUGUUAAUACUCACCUUGUUAUACAUCAGAAAAUUCUAGGUGAGCAGGUAUUCUAUACAUGUGAAGAAUGUGGCAAGUGUUUUGAUCAAAAUGAAGACUUUGAUGAACAUCAGAGAAUUCAUAAUGGAGAGAAGGUCUAUGGAUGUAAGGAAUGUGGGAAGACUUUCAGUUUUAGAUCACAUUGCAUUGCACAUCAGAGAAUUCACAGUGGGGUGAAACCCUAUGUGUGUCAAGAAUGUGCUAAAGCCUUCGUUUGGAAGUCAAAUCUCAUUCGGCACCAGAGAAUACAUACUGGAGAGAAACCCUUUGAAUGUAAGGAAUGUGGGAAGGGCUUUAGUCAGAACACAAGCCUUACACAACAUCAGCGAAUCCACACUGGGGAGAAACCAUAUACAUGUAAGGAAUGUGGGAAAAGCUUUACUCGGAACCCAGCCCUUCUUCGACAUCAGAGAAUCCACACGGGGGAGAAACCUUAUGAAUGUAAAGACUGUGGGAAAGGCUUCAUGUGGAACUCAGAUCUUGCUCAGCACCAGAGGGUCCACACUGGGGAGAAGCCUCAUGAGUGUACUGACUGUGGGAAAAGCUUCAUUUGCAAGGCACACCUUAUCCGACAUCAGAGAAUCCAUACUGGGGAAAGACCCUAUAAAUGUAAUGACUGUGGGAAGGCCUUCAGUCAGAAUUCUGUUUUGAUUAAGCACCAGAGGCGCCAUUCUAGAGAGAAACCCUAUAAUUGUCAGACCUCUCACCUUGAACAUUAGAGAAUGCAUAAGGGUGACGCUUGUUUAUAGUUCUUAUGCUACAGGAACCCCAGAGACAAAAUGAGAUGACUGUCCACAAUUUUCUGUACCUCAAAUAGACAGUAUUUUCUUGCCCCUUCUCCUGAACAGAUACCCUGUACUCUAGCAAGACUGGUUCCCUAGUUCAACCAUGUUUAUACUAGGCAACAUUUAGUUGAGCAGCUACUCUGUGUCAGGUACUGUGCUAACCACUUGACAUACAUUCUUUAAUUUUUCUUAAUCAUAUUAAGGUAGGUACUCUUAUCCCCAUUUUACAAAUGAGAAAUCUAAGGUUGGAAGGGUUAUAAAACUCAUUCAAGUUUGCUCAGCUAGUCAGUUAUAGAUUGGAACCAGGCCUAUCUGACUCCAGAUCCUACUGUUCUUUAUUUGCGCACAUUUCUGCUUCUACCCAUUUUUAGUUGCUCAAGUUUCCCUAGCCAAAAGUUUCCCUUCCUUACCUAAGACCCAGUUCCUUCAACUAGCAGGCCUCUCCUCCUUUUCUACUUGUAAUCAGUACCACCCAAGUUGGUAUUUAAUUAUGUGCUAUCUUAUAUUUUUCUAAUUGUCUUAUGUCUGUUAGUCCAACUAAAUGGCUCCAUCUGAAUGGCUCUUUGAGGACCCAACACUGCAUUUCUUUCAUGUUUUUCAAAUGUUGAAAAUUAUUUAUUUUUGAUUAGAUAUAACAUGCUUAUGAUAAAAACAUUGAAAUAGUUCAAAAAGGUGUUCAGUGAAAAGUAAAUAUCCUUGUCACUCCUGUCUUCUGCUCUUCCUGCUCAGAGACAAUCAUUGUUACUAGUUGUAUAUCUUUCUGGAUAUAUUCUUUCUAUACAUAAACAAGUAUUUAUUAAUGCUGCUUUCAUAAGUCUACCUCACUGAAAACUGUUAUUUGAUGUAGAUGAUGUGAUGUUACAGUUAUGUUGUCAACUCCAGGACCUCUUCUUCCUCAGAAGUUGUGGUCCUCCUGAGAUCACCAAGGUAACUUAAGGAAAGCAGUGGAGGGUAAUCUGGGUUGUGCAAUCUUAAGACCUGAUUGCAUAUGUGUUAUAACAUAGUACUUUGAGACUGGGAAAAUGUAAAGCAAGUGGGAGACUUUUUCAUAAAAAUUUAAGUAACUCCACCUCCUUUCAUUGUACCACUAUCCUAAAUCCUCUCCCAGUCUACCCCCUUCUCAUCACCAUAAUAGCCCAAACCCAAAGUAAGCUGUGGGGCCAUCACCAGGGAAGGGAGACAUGGUCACUCUCUGAUAAUGGUUAAUGCUUUGUUAGGUAGACUCAGCCAGUUAGUGGUGGAAAUAUAAUCCAAUAUUUUGGCAUCAGAGUCACAGAUGCCCUCCCUAGGUCCAGGAUCAAAGAUAAAACAAAUGUUAGUAACACAGGUUCUACACAGUGAGGAAGGAGAAAGUGAAUUCCAAAAUUAACUAACUCAACGUGAAAUAAGGAGUCUAUAAAAUAAAAUGUUAAGGAGCUGGCCCAGUGG